UGGUGGGGAAGAAAGAGCUGACAUCCUGAAGCCACCUGAAAAGCAAGAACCCAAACCCAACCCAGCAACGCCAACAGGAGGCCGCGAUAUAGCUGGGGAGUAGUUCACUGCCCCCUACCUCUCCUCGCCUCUCCUCCCCCUCUCCCUCCUACUCCCCGUCGCGUCGCCCAUCCUCCUACGUCUCCUUCCUCUCCCCGCUUCCGCUUCCUCCCAGCGGGAGCGGAAGCUCGCAAGCAAUCGCCGGCCUUUUCUUGGCGUGCACAGUUCCUGAUCGGAGGGCCCCCAGCGGGAUCUCGCUUGCUGGCGUGGCCGCGCGGGGUUGAGGCGGGGCGGCUGGAUUUCGGAGCCGCUGCGGGUGGUGUUGGCGGUUUGAAGCCGGUCCGGUGUCUGGUGCCUGAUUUGAUCUGCAGCGGCGGCGGAGGCCCGGCAUGGCGGCGCCGGGAGGGCUCGAGCAGUGGCAGAAGGACGGGUUCUUCCAGGCCGCCGAGGAGGUGCAGGAGUCGGCGGACUUGAUGGAAUCUAUCUAUAGAACUUGGAUGCGAGAACGCAGUAAUGGUUCUAGCUCAGAGGAGGUAAAUGAUUUGCAAAGGGAGCUACAGACAGCUUUAGGGACUGCAAAAUGGCAGUUGGAGCAGUUUGAGAGAGCUGUAAGUUCAAGCAAUGAUAAGUAUUCACUGGAAGAGGGUACAGUGGCCAGACGUCGGCAGUUUGUUGUAGCAAUUGAGGAUCAGAUUUCUCGUGUAGAGAAAGAAAUAAACGGUUCUUCAAUGGACAAUGGCAGGCAAGGUCUCAACUGGGUGAAGCUAGAUGAUGAGGAGCGAGAUGACCUAGUUGCUUUUCUUUCAGCACCUGCAGAGUUUUUUUCAGAAAUGAGCACAGACAAUAGUUACCAUAUUCCAUCUAGACAAAACAAUGUGCCAAUUGGCAUGAAUGAUGACAGAGAUGCGGCUUUGAUCAUUAAAGACAUUCAUGAAGUACCACGCAGGCAAAUUUCUAGUGCCAAGAGUGAUGUUUGUGGUCUAGUUGACCAAUUUCAUGGCCACAGAACAAAUUUGAGUUCUGGUGAUAGUCACUGGAAGAUUGACAUUGGUAAUGAGAUGGAUGAUGAUAAAAAAUCAUCUCCAAACGGGGUUGAGGCCUCAAAUCAGACAACUGCUUUAUCAGGCAUCCGGAGAAGCACAGAAUCUUUAACAAGAAUGAGAUGGUUCUGGAAUAGCUUGUGGAAACCUAAGAGUGAUGAACAUCAUCCAAUAAGAUACGAUAUGCCAAAUAAUCUUGACUUCAGGGUUCUGUCCUUAUUAACACAGAGAUUUAAUGGGCUUACUGAAAGAAGCAGAAAUUAUUUAACAAGUUGGAAGGAGAAUUCCAGAAUUUCUUCAAGGACGGGUGGGCUUCAUAUACAAGGCCAACAGCAAACCAUGCAGUUUGGCCGUUCUAUUCGGAUCACCCUAUUACUGGUGUUGAGUGUCUUUCUGAUUGUACCCUUUCUGGUCUCCUCUGCAUGACAAGUCUUAAAUUGUUUCGCUGGUGAUGCAACCUUUGGCACAAUUAAUCAUGAUUCUGCUGUUCAGAGAAGCGUUCAACAUUUUACUGCAAAUCAUGAUUGGUGCUAUUUCACAAGUCUAGGCAAACGCCACAAACCGAGGUUGUAUGGCUGCAUGAGUGACAGGAAAAUGAGCACGAUGGCAAGGAUCUUGAUUGUGCAACGGAUGACUCAGUACAUCAGAAACUCCUCACCAGCGCAUAACCAUACUGAAGUUAAUCAGAUCUAUUGUCGAUUCAUGCUCUGUUCUGAUGGUGGCUGGUUUCUGCCAAAUAUAGGCAUCUCCUUCUCACCUGUUUCCCCCACGAAGGCAAUUGUAAAAAGAUGUAGAGCUGAUUGGAGAAGAUACAGAAAAGAUGUGUCAAAUGAUUGAUUUGUAUGAUUGUGUACGAAAAGGAUGUGUCAAAUGACUGAUUUAUAUGAUUUGUGUACGUACCGAGAGUCUCGGUGAAUGAACCGUCUGAAGUGCCUGAAGGUUAUUCAUGGUAUUGCAUUCCUCAAACUGUUAGUGUUGAGGAAGGAAUGAACCAGGUUCAAAGGCGCUUGAGUUCAA